AUGAGUAAAAAGAUUUCAACAAAUCCAAAAGCACUAGAAGCUCGUGAAAGAGAAAAACAAUAAAAGUAACAAAAAAAGAAAGAAGAAGAAGAAUAAAAAGAAAGUUAAAAGUGGGUUGAAACUGAUAAAAAUUUGUUAAAGAAAUAAGCUAGACUAAAUGAAAAAGAAGAUAAAAAAGCUGAAGAAUUGCGCAAAAAAGAAGAAAAGAAAAGAUUAUAUGAAGAAGAAAUCAAUUCUAUAAAAGAUAAUC